CAAGCGUCUGGAUUCGGUUGGCCACGAGCCCGUGAGUCCCUGGUCGAUGAUCUGCCGAGCCUUCUUGAAACCAGUUUACUGUCGCUUUCAGCUCCCGGCGCGUCUCUCCUCCUCUUUCCAUCCAUUUGAUCAGUUUUCCAAGUUCAGGAUCAAGGCCCGAGUCUACUCAAUUACAAAACGCGUUUAAAAAUCUAAUCAGUGCUUCGUCGUACAGGUACAGAUACUCUGUUUAGCGUCGAGUUUGCUUGGUGUGUGCCUCUGUGCGAGAGUGUGUGAAGUUGUGUUCAAAUUCUAGGACUACGCAUUUAACGACACCUUUAAUUUCAACGACAACCUCAGACUUUGAUCUCGAUCCUGGAAAAUGAUCGAGUGGCUGCAGACAGAAGUGUUCCCCGCGGCCGUGGAGUCUGGUUCCUUCGGGGCGGGCGCCAAGUUCCUCGGCUACGAACCCAGCGGGCAGCAGGACUCUGACAUCUCGGACAUCUUCUUCGGGACGGUGAACGUGGAACUACCGGACGGCGGGCAGCUCUCGGAGCGCGUCUACGUCAAGGUCCAGACGAAGGAGACCAAGUUCUACCACCUGUCCCACAACAUCGAUGCUCACUUCCAUAACGAGGUGCUCUUCUACACGGAGCUCCUCCCUCUCCUCCGGAAGUACGAUACCGAGAACUUCUUGGCGGGCAGCAUCCCGGAGUUCGUCUACGGUCGCGCCACCCUCGGCGCAGCCCCCGACCAAGAUGUCAUCGUCCAGAAGGACCUCUCGCUUAAGGGCUUUCGCAUGACCAAGGAAAAACUCUUCCUCGACGAAAAACACAUUCGGCUCACCGUCGACCGUCUUGCCAAGUUCCACGCGCUCGCUAUCAUGUGCCAGCACGAGAAUCCCGAGGCGUUCAACGAGGUAGUUUCGAAGAUCAAGGCGACGAAUCUGCACGGUCCAUCGGACGGCCCUAAGCAGAAGGACCCGUUCGACCAGAUCAAGUUCCGCGGGAUCGACCCUCUGAAGGAGGACCCGGAAUACAGUGAGCGGCUGACGGAGAUUUCCCGCCACUGCGAGUGGGGGGCAUCCUGGCUCAAGAAGUACAUGGGUCCCAGCGACGCCAUCAACACUCUCACCCACGGGGAUCUCACCCGUCAUAACCUCAUGUUCCGAUACGACGACCAAGGAGAACCCGUGGAAGUGGUCCUAUGCGAUUGGGCUUGCAUCAGGUAUUGCACGCCUGUGAGUGACUUAAGCCUGUUCCUGAUCUUGGACACUUCUCCGGAGCUGAAGCGGUCUCACUGGGAUAUAUUCCUGAGCGAAUACUACAGCGCUCUCUCGCGGGUGCUGGACGGGCACGCGUCGAAGCCUUCGUUCGAGGAUUUGCAGCUGGAGAUGCGAAAGAAAGGCGUCUACGGGUACCACUGGGCCGUCUACAUGCUCCCGGCUGGCUUCGAGACGGAGCUCAACCACAAGAUGGAAAAUACCCCCCUGACGGAGCUCUUCCAGCUCCUCAGCGAAGCCGGCGGACCCAAAGCCACCGAAUACCUUACCGAUAUCGUCAAGUUCAUGUUGGAUCACGAGUUCAUAUUCGAAGUCGAUGAAUGACACUGAAGAAAGCUUAAAAUUUUGCUGUAUACGAGGCUUUAACAAAUAAUUUAGCGGGCCAAGGAGGCUGUCCUGGGGAUGAAAGUUUCCCGAAAAAGUCAAACACCAGGAACGGUGACGCUCUAAUACUGCCGUUAUAUAAAGAAACGCCGUAUGAACAUUGAGUUGCCGAAUUUCCUCCGAUGAAAUGUUUCUUUUUUAAGAGAGUUAUGAAUAUUUCCUCUCGAAAGGAAAAUGUAGAUCUAAUUGCGAAGAAAAUUCUCCGAAAAAACUGAGCGGAAAAUAUUCAUGAGUUUUCAUGAAAAUUCGUAUUUAAUUCAAGGCAAUUUGGCAACUGACGAAGGUUUAAACACGGCAUUUCUUCUUAAAACGGCAGAAUAGCUCUCCGGCUCUGCAAAUUUCUUUUCUUGAUGCGCUGGAAAAAAAAAAACACAUUGGAUCUAGAGUCCAGAUUCUUGAAAACAUUGACAAGAAAAAGGACUCUUGAUUCAAUCAGAUUUAAGCUUAAAUCAAAAGGAAAUCCGCGCAAAUUAAGAGGCUUGGUUUUUGAUUUAAGCUUAAAUCUGAUUGAAUCAAGAGUAUUUUUUCUUGUCGAUGUUUUUAUUUAAGAGUCUGGACUCUAGAUCCUAUGUAUUUUUUUAUCCAGUGUGGCCUGGUCCAAUCUUCCACCCUGGGUUCGAAAUACUCCUAGUCCUAGAUAAAUGCAAAAGUCGCAGAUUACAAUGUUUCGCUCAUCUUCUAAUUCUACGUCUAUUUCUAAAGUCUUCCAGAUACUUAAAGGGGAAAAAAAAAAAAUGCUGACAGCCCACACUGAUGUUUGUGUUUUUCCAAUAAAACCGGGUUUAACAUGCGGUUACGUUUAUUAAGGCAAAGUCACUUUAAUAGCUUCCAGGGAAAACUUUAAAAGUACACUUACGGGGAAAAAGGUGUAUUUGUUGAUACAAGAGAUCGAGAACAUGGCGAUCAACGUGAACUGUGGGCAAAAAUAAAUUCACUUUCGGCGUAGGCCGUAGGCGGUCUCAUCAAGAGUUUCGAAACAAAAUUAAAUAAUAUUGUAUAAUUCCAAAUUAUAAAAGAUGAUAAAAUAUUAGUUUUUUAAUAAGUUUCAAUUAUUUGAAAAUCAUUUAAUUUUUAAGUAAGCGGUGCCAUUAAAAUGAUUUUAAAAUAAGCUGUGAAUACUUAUAGGUGAGAAUAUUAUGCGAUAGUGUUGAACGACUGGACAGACAGCAUAAAUCUGUUAUAUUACGAGCUCGCAGGCAUAAUUCCGAUCUCUCAGACGUGAAGAAUUUGACUUGAAGAGGUUGAUUGUGAGUCUCGUGACUGACUCUCGAAAAAUGUUUAUGAGUGGGAUUGUAGCUAUAAUCCUGACAUACCGAUUCAAUUAUUAGUACCGAGGUGCAAAACAAAUGCUUGCAUUGUAAACUAUUUUAAAAUCCUUUCAGUAAGCCUGUGAUAUACGAGAAAAAGACUUGUAUUCAUUAAAUUACUGCAUUCUCGUAUAA